UGGGUUACCCCUUCUGUCUGUGGCAAGGAAUUUCAUUUUCAGGCCGGGUAGGUUGCCCACCAACAACAUAAGUAAACGGGAAAAUAUAAUAAGAAUAGGCAGCACAAUCGCCAGCCAUCCUUUGAAGCAACGUAAUCUUUCGGAAAUAAAUCGCCAUUAUUGAGUACAAUAAAUAAUAACAAGUAAAAUCGUAAAAGAAGGCACAGCAAGAGGCGCAUAGAAACAUUUCCAUACUCGAUGACAUUACAUCGCAAUGUCCGAUCGUUUGGGGCAAAUAACCAAGUCCAAGGAUGGGAAAAGCAAGUAUUCCUCACUCAGCCUAUUUGAUAAGUACAAGGGAAAGUCUAUAGAAACUCAGAAAACCGCAGCAGUUCCGCGACAUGGCUUACAGAGUCUUGGCAAAGUGGCCGCAGCCCGGCGCAUGCCCCCACCUGCUCACCUGCCGAGCCUGAAGUCCGAGAACAAAGGAAACGACCCCAACGUGAUUAUCGUGCCCAAAGACGGAACAGGAUGGGCAAACAAGCAGGAACAACCCGAUCAAAAGAGUUCCAUUGCAUCAACACAACAGCUGCCGGAGUUGCAGCCGCAGCUGGCUUUACAGAAAUCUGUCUCCAAUCUCCAGAAGACCACACCGGUAGCCAGUCAGGAGAGCACAAACACAAGUGGACCAAAGCAAUGGGCCCAUCUAAAUGGAAAGGCCGUAGAACUAGAUGGUUUAAGGGCCUCAAACCGACUGCAGCCCUUCUCUCACGAGGAAUUUCCAACGCUGAAGGCUGCUGGGGAACAGGACAAGGCUGGCAAGGAAAGAAGCACCUUCGAUCCGUCGUAUGGGCCCGGACCAAGCCUCCGCCCCCAGAAUGUGACAAGUUGGAGGGAGGGUGGUGGGAGGAACCUCGUGCCCUCAUCCCUGCCGGCUGGCCUGCCUUCAGAGACCGAGGGCAAGGCCAGCGGCGUGGCUGAGACUGGGAGCUCCCCCCCUCCUCUUCCCCCCUCUGCCUCCUCUAUUCUCUCUGCCCCCAUGGUCAGUCCCACCACUGCCACUAUUGUCAGUGCCGCUCCAGCCCCGGAGCCCAAGGAGAUCUCUCUGCGCCCCGCCCAGCCCCUCCGCAGGCCCGCCCCCCCUGCCCUGAGCCAUCACCACCCUACCACCACCUACCAUGACAUGCUGCCUGCCUUUAUGUGCCCCAAAGAGACUUGUGAUGCUCCCGGCACCGCUGAACACACUGGCCCUGUCACUGUGGUCGCCCCAGUCCGCUUUGACAACAGGCCCACCUUCAGGCAGCCCUACCCCAAUAACAACCAAGAGCCUGUGAAUGGCGAGGUAGGGAGAGGAGAAAACCGCUUCAUCCGCGGGCCCCUGCGCAACCCCUCCUCCCGACCCAUCCGUCGACCUGGCGACAGACCCCCUCGUCCGGCAAUCAUCAACCCAGAUGACCUGAAGGAUCUGGAUGAGCUGGACAACGACUGUGAAGAUGGCUGGGCAGGUAUCCAUGAAGAAGUCGAUUACGGCGAGAAACUCAAGUUCAGUGACGAUGAGGAGGAGCAUGCCGCUGGUGAAAAGAACAAGAUGUGGGCUGAAUGGGAGAACCAACGUCGUGAGCGCCAGUUGUCCCUGAGCUCAGGAGAGGGGGCAUACCCCCAGGAGGGCCCUGAGGAGGAGGCUUACCUGGCCUUCCAGGAGCAGAUGGCCCACAGGAACACCAAUGGCAGGUUCCCCCCUGGAGAAGCACAGGCACAGCAGAAGAGCUCCGGGCCGGGCAUGGCCCACCAGGGUGAGCCCCUGGAAGACCAGGAGGAGCGCCAGGUCCCAGCCCGGGCCAAGUUUGUUUCCCCUGAGCUCUCAGAGGCUGUGGAGAGAGCUCGCCGACGCAGGGAGGAGGAGGAGAGACGUGCCCGUGAGGAAAGACUGGCCGCAUGCGCCGAGAAGCUCAAGAGGCUAGACGAGAAGUUUGGGAAGAUGGAGAGGCAGUUGUCAAGAUCUGAGGAGGAAGCAAAGGACGGGGAGAGCAAGGAGACAGCACUGUCCCCUGGAAGAGAGAGCAAAAACCACCCAGAGAGCUGGCAGUACGGCACGAAAGAUGCUGAGUGUCCCUUGGAGCACUCCCCCAGACAGCAGGACUACAGGGACAAGGCCACCUCGGGCUUCGCCCCCUACCGCAGCGAGGACGAUGCCGGGGCCGAAUCCAACUCGCCUCUCCCGCCCCGCUUCCAAAAGCAGCAGCAGGAGCAAGUGUAUAAGAUGCAGCACUGGCAGCAGCAGUCUGGUCACCCCGCCCCCUCCGGCUCCAGCCACCCCCAGAGGGGCUACUACCCCCCACACGUGCUGGGCUUUGACCCCCGCUGGAUGAUGAUGCCCCCCUUCAUGGACCCCCGCAUGGCCCAGGGCCGUUCCCCUGUGGACUACUACCCUAACGCUGUCCACUCUUCAGGAAUGAUGAAACCGCUGAUGCAGCCAGACCACCUGAACAGCCCAGGGUCCACCUCUGAUGAGGGCUGCCAUCCCAGCAUGCAUCAAGAGAGGAGGGCCCCCUCCACUGAGCCCUACCCCGUGUGGAACCAAGAUGGCUACCCCCCUCGCAGUUUCACCCCACCCUACCAGAGACAGCACGAGAGUUCAGACAGGAGCCAGCCAGACGACCGGAUUGACAGGACCUGCUCCCAGCAGGACUUGUAUGAAGAGAGGAGAAACGAGUGCCUAGACAACCCCUCUCACGACCUCUCCCAUCCGGCCUACCACCAGAGCAGAGGCCCCGACAGGGACCACCACUCGCACAACCAAAGCCUGCUCUCCACAGCCCUAAGCCGGCCCCAGCAGCAGAAUGCAGACGGCGACUACGCCAAACAGGAGCCCAAAGAUGGGCACCUGAAGGACAGCACUGACCACCGCGACGAAGUCUUCGACACCUCCAAGGAAAAGGGCUUUGACUCAGACUUCUGGAGGCGAGAUGGAGGCCAGAAGAAGGAAGGUGGUGUUGGUGUUCAGAACCAGUGGUUUUCUCCUGGCUCCACCACCUCCGCCAGCAGUGUAAGCCAGCCAUCUGAGAGCAGCGGUAGGACCCUGACCCGCAGGACCGGCCCCAUUAAGAAGCCUGUGCUCAAGGCCCUCAAAAUGGAAGACAAGGAGAACGAGAAGCCCAAAGUGGAGCCCGGGGAGAAGGUAGUCCCUUACCGCCUGGAGAAAGAGGUGCUCACCAACGUAUAUGACCUGAAGAAAGACAACCAGCCCCUAGUAAGUAACAGACGCUCGGCCUCACCUGCUAUUGAGAAGCAGCUAGAAGGGAAGCAACACCAACCACCAGCCCCUGCUAAAGUAGAGCAGCCAUCCAGUCCCCAUAUUGAGGAUUCGCCCAAGGAGAGCAGCUUGGAAAGCGGAAAGAGCCAGCCCUCUAGAGACGACCAGGAGAGCAGGGAGCCUGCCGCACCACGACGCAACAACUGGAUCUUCGUUGAUGAGGAGCAGGCCUUUGCCGGAGCCAGGGGGACGGGUAGAGGUCGAAGCCGUGGCGGCUUCAGGGAGUUCAGCUCCAGAGGAGACCGCGGUAGCCUGGGAGGCCGAGGCGGAGAGAACCCCAGAGGAAGCUACAACAAUAACAGCAGGGAAGCCGUUGGAGCCCAGAGACCAGGCAGAGGCAGAGGACUGCCCAGGGACUUUGUCAAGGUGGAAGACCUGCAGAGGGGGAAGCCGAGGAGGCGCAACGUCAGCGAGACUCUGAGCGAGACCUCUGAGUACGAGGAGCUGCCCAAGCGGCGGCGCCAGAAGGGCACUGAAAACGGAGAGGGUGGCAGCUACCCAGAGCAGGGAGAGACCAGGAAGGCUGACCGAGACUCGUGGAGGUCGAACAAGGUGUACACUGAAGACCAGGCGGCUAGCGACGCCCGAGACGACAAAGCCAAGGCCAGCAGCAGGGGGUUCAGCGGCCGCUCUCUGCCUCCCAGACUCGACACUGGCAGGGGUUACAACACCGGCCGGGGGUUCAACAACAGCUUCAGAGACACCACCUGGAGGGGCCGGGGGACACAGUUCGGCAGCGGCGGUGGGCCCAUGCAGGAGAACGGCUAUGGCCCGGGCACCGAAACCUUCUCCAGAAGACCACCACCUGCAGAGCGCGAGCCGCUCAAAUACACCCCCAAAUUUACCGGCUCUACCGGUUCCUUCAUGGAGAAUGGCACAGAGGACCGUGGCUUGGAGGGAGAGUACUACAUAGACAACGACAACCCUGGACAACAGCAGUUGAGAAGACGGCGGCCGCCACGCCAGGACAAGCCCCCGCGCUUCCGCCGACUACGUCAAGAGAGGGAGCCCGGCAGCGGCCAGUGGACCAGUGACGAGUAUAUCAACGGAUCGGACGGAUUCGCCAACCCCUGGCCGGGUCGCUCCAAGGAGGGAGGUAGAGAAGACGGCUGGCCCAGUGGCCACUACUCCGGAGGAGGAGGGAGGUCCGGUGGUCAGCAUGGCCAGGCUGAGGACUGGGAGACUGGCUCGGAGAACAGCGACUUCAACGACUGGAGGGAGAAGCGAGGUGGAGGGCAGCAGCAGCAAGCCCACAGUGGAGAUGUGCACUCAGACUCUGGCCACGGGGAGCUUGGCUCUGUGGAGAAGAGGGAGCUGGCCAAGAGAAGCUUCUCCAGCCAGCGCCCCCUGGUGGACCGGCAGAACAGGAAGGGAGAGCCGGCCCUACUGGAAGGGAACAAGAUGACACGUUCCUCAGAGAACCCCAACACACUGCCCUCCUGCAACAGGAAAGACGGCUGGCAGAACGGAGGGGCCUCCAACCAUAGGAGGAAUAAAGAGGAUUCAGGCCUAGUCUACUGUGUCGAGCAGUCUGAGGAGGGCCACCAGCCCAACGAACCCUCAGGGAAGAAGCUGGACAAGGAGCUGAAGACUCGGUCUGUGAAGGGAGACCUGGCCGAACCAUUGUCUCAGUACGACCUCAACAGCUACCACAUUGAGGGGGAUGCUGGGGGUUCCAGUCCAGAUGGGUUCCAGGACCUGUCUAAGAAACAGCAGCGUCGUCAUCCACAGGAAGACGACAGGAGGAGGAAGGAACAUGGAGCUCCGGUGCUGGUGAAGAACAGACCGAUCACCUCCAAGAUGCCCCCACGGUUUGCCAAGAAGCAGGGUGGCAUGACCAUGGAUCAGCAAGAGGAGGGCCUAUCUGCCAACAACCUGGGCACUGAGAUCUGGGAGACUAACAGCUCCGGUAGGAGUAGGAGCAACACCCCAGUGCUCACAACUCAUCUUCCACCCCAUCUGAUAACUGAGACUCUGUCAGUCCAGUCAUCUGGAGGAGACUCGUGGACCAAGCAGGUGUCUUAUACAGGCAGUGAGCCCAACUCUGAGGACUCUGACGCGGGGCCUGAGCAGAGCAAGGAGCAGCACAAGCCCGGCCCCAUCGGCAACGAGCGCUCACUCAAGCACCGCAAGGGCUCGGAGGGUCUGGAGGGCGGGCCCAUUACGCCCGUCAACGGCGUGAACCUCCACUCGGAGACGGUGCUGCCUGUGCCGCCCAUAGAGUUUGGCGUUAGUGCCAAGGACUCUGACUUCAGCCUGCCGCCCAGGUCCACCCCAGUUUCUGUGUCCAACCCUGUCACCAAGCUACAGGUCACCCUUGCCAGCAACGCCAUCCCCAUGCUGCGUAGAGACCACCUGCAGCCUGGCAUCAACCUCAACCCCAUCUCUUUCCCCAGCGCUGACCUCACACUCAAGAUGGAGUCAGCCCGUAAGGCGUGGGAGAACUCCCAGUCUCUCCCCGAGCAGGGCUCUCCUGGUGGGGUUGCCGCUGGUGCCCAGCCCCCCUGCACGGUAGGCUCCUCCAGUGGGGUCAGCUACAGCUCCUUUGGAGGGGUGCCCAUGCCCGUGGCCUCUGUGGCGCCUUCCAUGUCCAUGCAGGGUAACCAUAUCCCCCCGCUGUAUCUGGACGGCCAUGUUUUUCCCAGCCAGCCUCGUCUGGUGCCCCCAACCAUGACCCAGCAGCAGAGCUACCAACAGGCAGCUGCCCAGCAGAUCCCCAUCUCCUUGCACACCUCUCUGCAGGCCCAGGCACAGCUUGGUCUCCGGGGGGGCCUGCCUGUCUCACAGUCCCAGGAGAUGUUCAACUCCAUUCCCUCCUUCAGGUCCCAGGUAUACAUGCACCCCAAUCUGUCCCAGCCCAGCCCCAUGGUGCUGUCAGGUGGUGGCCCCCUCAAGGGGCCCUACUCGGCCUUCCCGGGCAUGCAGCCGUCGGAUAUGGUCAAGCCCCAGUCUGGCUCCCACUACCAGCCAAUGAAUGGCAGCCAGGCCAUGGUCUACGACGGCCAGAUGAACCAGGGCCCUGGCAUGGGCUCCUCCCAGCUCAUGGACUCCCAGCUCAUCCAGGUGACCAUGCCCUUGCCGGGCUCCCAGCUGCGUUAUGGCUCUGCCCAGCAGCACCUCAUCCUGCCCCAGUCCAUCCAGCUCCAGCAGGGCCAGAACCUCUCCGUGGGAGCUGCCCGCAGAAUGCUCCCCCCUGGCUCCCAGCCCCCAGUCAUGACCGGCAGCAGAGAGAAUUUCCCAAUCUCUACUGGUCCGUAUACUACUUACAAGACCUCCCAGAUGGAAAUGAAAGGUUUCCAGUUCUCUGACAAGCCCAAUCACUCCCAGGGCAUGCCCGGAGGAUACAACAGACCAGGGUCUGCCAGCCCCAGUGGGAAGCCGUCUGGCCCCGUGCCUGGACAUUACACCCAGCAGAAGACGACCUCCAUGCAGGCUGUUCAGCAACGAGGCUGGGCCUGCAGUGGCCCUGGCCUGACCUGUAGUUGCUGCUACAGAGACCCGGCCACCGGCUGGUUUGAGGCCCCGCUGUGCCCCCUCCACGGCAAGGUCCCGCCUCAGGGCAGCAUGGUUAUGCACAUGCGUCCCCCCACCACCGGCCCCUUCCCCACCCCCAUCCAGAGACCUGUCAUGCAGGUCAACAAGACCGUCAUCAUCCGCUCCCCCCCUUAUCCCAACCCCGGGCGCGAGCCCCCCCACUCCACCCCCCCCUUGGCCCCCGAGCCCUCCGUCAAGGGGCCGGAGGAUGGCAUGAAGGUGAGCCACCCACUGUAAAUACAGCCCUGCGGGAUAGGCGCCAGCUGGUGGAUGAGGGGAAGGCACUGUCGGGGGGCCUGAUGACCAGCAACCUCCAGGAGCCCCUUCCUGGCUGGCAGGGCAAACCAGCACCAUGCACCUUAGCCAUCAAAGUGGAAGAGGGCAAGGCAUAGCAACGGACCUUAAACCUCCUUUUAACCUUCACAAAGCCUGCUUCUGGAAGAUGCAAACCCCUGCCUCGGCCCACCUCUCAGCCUUCUCUCACGAAACCCCAGGUCGGGCGCCAGACUGAAGGGCAGGCAUAACUGUAUCAACUCCCAGAACCUGACACCAACUUUCAGAACCGGCCAUUAUUAUUAUUAUUAUUAAACACCACAUAUAGAGAUAUAUAAAUAUAUAUAAAUAUAUACAUAGACAAUAGUUUGGGACACACUUCUAAGCAGACUUUUCAAGGUCCUCUUUAUUUAUUAAUGUUAAUGUCCUUUUUGAGAGAAGAAUAAUGGUAACAAAAAAGAGAAUAGAAAUUCACGUUUUCUGUGUUGCUCGCCAUCAGAGUCCGAAAAAGGAAAUGGCCAGCUCCUGCAGGUAGUUCACUGUCCUAAUUCACCCCUUUUUUGCCAAACUGUACUUACCCUUUUGAUCUGUAGCCUUGUAGAUGAGGCAGACACUUGACAUGUCACCACAAGAAAGCAAAUCUAUAAGUGUUUAAAAAAAUGAAUUGCAGAGUGGCACCUUUUUGUCCCCCCCCCAAACUUAUUGUCAUUUUUCGCUGAUAACUGGAGUUUUAAUAUUUUUUUUAGUCGUCAUCGCCUAUUUGCUCUAUUCAAGGACUCCUUUUAUUCAAUAAAAAUCCUUCAAACCCAGAUUUGAGGACAUUGUGUGUAGACGUGGAAAGGCGUGUCCUGGGGUGUGUCACCCUCCCAGGGUACUUCACACAGCUCGUGAACUGUGAAAAAACUGCUUAGAUUGUUAGAAAAUGUUUCCGUUAUUUUUAAAAGGCAGUUUUUUUGCUUUUAUGUCACUCUCUCGCCUUUAUGUAUUUCCUAUUUUAGAGAAAUCAUGAUGCCUCAUUUGAAGCUUCCCUGGCUUUGAUGCAGUGUGUGCAUGUGAUGUGCUGAACAUGGGUUAACCACAGGGCCUGAUCCAGAAAUCCGUCACAACAUUUCAAAAGGCUCUGAAGUCAGUGGACAUGUGCCGCUGCAGAGUGUGUGGUUUUGAUCAACCAAGCUGGCAAAAAAUGUGGAGUUAUUCUUUAGUGUUGACUUACUGUACGGUCCCAAUAGCUGAUUCAAAUUCUUUCUAUCGCUAUCCUUUUGGUUGUAAUGAGUUGAAAUCUGAAUCACAUUGGAUACAUGUCAAGUGAUUUUAUAUCCCUCUCCUGGAGUGUUUUUGCUUUUUCUCCUAGAGCUAUUAUAAACACUUCUCUGUAUUGUUUUUUUAAACAACUCGAUGGAAAGAUGGAGGUUAGUGAAGAAAUUAGUAGGCAUACCUCCCUAGUGAACGUUCAGCACCAUGUAAGGUCUCUGGGUAAUAAACGCAGCCUAACUAGAACUCUCAAUCAGGGUCCAAAUAUCUUUCUAUGUUACAAUUUGAUGAUAACGGAGGGGGGAUUAGAUGCUUGAUGAAUUAAUGUACUAUCUUCGUGUAACAUUUUUUUUGUGAACGUUGCAGUUGCUUUGGGCUCUCAGAAGGAAUAUUAAAGCAUUCAUUUUUUGUUUGAAAAA